AUGGAAAGUGCCAUGCCAAACUCAGGAGUCUCACAAGGGCAAGAGCAUACUCUACCAGAAGACAGCAUCGUGAAUAGUAUAGAACGCCUUCACAACCGUGGAGAACGGGACUGUCAACGAAUACAACCUGUUGGGUACGGGGCAUACAAGAAGAGGAAAUGCAAGGACGUGGUUGAGGGUAUGAAGCGGAGAGCUUUCAUCUAG